AAUCAGUGUUCGUUGAGUGAUAAUCGGAUAAACUGAUUCAAUUAAAUAUUUUAGUUAAUAUCUAGUGAUCUUUUUUAGAAAAUUUUAUAUUUUUUUUCAAAUUUUCUGUAUUUUUAAUAUUUAGAAAUAAUUAAUUUGAAUGUACUAAUUGCAACAAGAUAUACGGACGAGAAGAAUUGUUAUUUUUUUAAUUUGUAGAAAACAAAACUAUAUCUUCCAAUAAUAUGGAUGAAAAUAUUAAAAAUUAUAAAUAUGGCAUAAAAUCAACUUUAGCUCAAUGUAUGGCAAUAUCAGGAGUAUGGUUUUUGCAAAUCGAACUCGGUGCAAUAGUCAUGGUACCAACUAUAGUUAUUGGAGCCUUAGAAAAUAAUGCAUCCAAAGACGUAAACGAAUUUUUGACUAUGACAAGCGAAGAAGCGUCAUGGUUCGCUAGUCUACUAUAUUUGUUCACGCCUCUGGGAAAUCUUUUAUCCACAUUAUUACUGGACCGUCUCGGUCACAAGAAAUGUAUGAUACUCACAAAUAUACCGUGCCUAGUAGCUCAUAUAAUGUUGUAUUUCGCUGAAAACAUAGACAUUCUGUACGCCAGCUCAAUCCUAAUGGCGUUGGGUAUGGGAUUUUCAAACGCACCGAGUCUUGCAUACGCCGGUGAAGUAUGCGAGCCGAAACUAAGAGGCGCUUUGACUUCAGCACUGAACAUAUUUUAUUAUGGCGGAUCCAUAACAUUGACCACGUUAUACAGCUAUAAUAUGCAAUGGAGAUUGACGGUGCUAAUAACUACGGUUUUUCCAAUUUUGACCAUUAUUAUAUUAAUAGCGACUCCAGAUUCUCCGAUAUGGUUAUUGGCCAGAGGAAAACAUUCAAAAGCACAUCGAAACCUCAGCAGAUUGAGAGGAAAAGUUUCGUAUGAGAAAUGUGAAAACGAAUUUCAAGAAAUGGUUAGAUACAACGUUCCCUCUAACAAUGACGAACAACAUCACAAAGAAAAUACAAAUAUUUGGAAGCAACUUUUGGAGCCUGAAGUACUAAGGCCUUUACGUUUAAUGACGAUAUAUUUUUUCUACAUGAACUUAUUAUCUGGAUUACCAUUAUUACCAUAUUUAGUGGCAAUAUUAAAUACAUUUGCUGCACCUGUUAACGUCGAAUGGACAAUAUCAUUUUCGAUGUUCCUUUCUGUAAUAGGAAGUUUAAUGGCAGUUUUUCUGAUACGUAAAUUAGGCAAACGAGUUCUUACGCUAGUUACGUUAUCGGUUUGCUCUAUUUGCUAUAUACUUAUUGGAUUCAUUGGUGUUUAUUGGAAAAACACCGAAUCAUGGACAUCAUGGACAGUACUAAUACUCUUUCUAACUACUAUCUUAGUUUCAUCAAUUGGAAUAACGCCCGUUUCGUGGACUCUAGUCACCGAAAUAUUUCCCGCAAAGUGUAGAAACAUUUUAUGCAGUAUUGGUACGGGUGUUUGUUUUGUUAUUACCUUUUUUAUGACAAAAUAUUAUCCAGAAUUUUCAAUUCUAGUGGGAUUUUUUAAUGUAUUUACUAUUCUUGGUAUUUUUGGUUUAUUUGGUUGUAUAUAUUUUUAUUUUUAUCUACCAGAAACAGAAAACAAAACUUUACAAGAAAUUACAGAGUUUUUCAAAUAGAAUCACACACUCAAUCAAAAUAUUUUUUCUCAGUGUAUAAUUGUAAUGAUAUAUAUAUAAUUAUAUAUCAUUAUUUAAAUUUUAAUAAACUAUCCAUACAGCUACAAACACAGAAUACCAGAAUAUACAUUAUCAUGAAUUUAAUUACUUUUAAGAUUAAAGAAAUAAGUAGAAUAUUAUUUGCAUGACUGUACAAAAAUUAAUCAACAAUAAAAUUACAAAUAAUUAAAUUACUCUUAGAUUUAAAAUUUAUCACAUUCUUUGCAAUAAUACAAAAAUAAAUUAUCUAGUAAAUUACUAAUGAUCACACACAAAGGAGCAAACGCCACAGUCUCCAAAUUCAAUCACAAACGUGGCAUAUCAUGCCUAUAAAAGGACAAACAACAAUCAAUUCCAUGCUCAGUCUUUUACCUAACAUUGUAUCAAAUUUGUGUCAAAAUGUUAUAAGUUAUAAUAAUUUUAAUUCACUUUAACAUUA